CGGGCGCCGGUCAGAGGCGGUGGUUCCGAGGGCGGGUGAAGCUAACGUAGGUAGUAGUGACGCGUGUGUUGUACUACCACUCGUUGUUAUUGUUACUUGCUUUCACAUAAAAAAGAAACAUUUCCGGUGACGAUUAAAACUUGCAUCGCGCAUUUGCAGGCGCGUAACAUUGCAGAACAUUGUAACAUUCGGAAGCCGUUGGCGCGAAACUCGUAUCUCGGAACGAACGUAACAUGGCUCGUGCGUGCGCUAAAAUUUGGGCGUUCCUUGACCUUGAGAGAUAGCAGCUCAUAAACGGGGAUCGCAAUGUGAAACCUCGGCAAGCUUCAGCCAACCCAGAGUUCAUCAUGUCUUCACGUACCGAUGCCCGCCGAAACCUCCUUGCUGUAAGUAAAAAGAAGACAGACGGCCAGCGUCAGUUCAGCAGGCCACUCGAGAACAAAAAGUUCUAUUUCCACUUCAAGAACCGCCGACCCCCAUCGCAGCUCAGUCAAGACCUCACGAGCUUGGGCGCUAGGGUGGAGCCAUUCUUCGGGAAAGACGUUUCGUGCGUUAUUACUGAUCAGCAGGAUCUCAGGUCUGCGUCGACACCGCCGAAGCCGAAUUCGGUGGAUUCCAGCGGCCCAUCCACAAGCCCGUCUGUUUUUACCGGACCCUCUACAUCAACAGGGCGGUCAGGCGAUCCAAAGAGCAGCCUUCGCACUGGGCGAGGACAAGCUCUUGUCCGAAAGGCGAUGCAAAAUAUGUCUGGCUCUACAGAUGUUCUGGAGUUGUGUCGACAGUGGCAGAUUGAGGUCUGUUACAUAAAGAGUUUCCUCCCAUGGCUCCAGAAGCUCAGAAAAGCCCUGCUGGAAAACGCAAGGCACGCGAAAGAGAAUGCAAUAGCGAAACAAGUAUCUGAGCCUCCACAAAAGCUUGUGCCACCUUUUAUCAAGGUAGAAGACAUGCAGGGAGUGUACAAGCCUCUUUAUCGGAGCCUUAAACAGUGGCCAGAUGUCACAGCAGAACGUUGCCAACAGAUUGCAUCUAAGCCCAAGGAGACUGCUCCCAAAGAACCUGCACCUUUGCCCAAGGAAUCUGCUGCUUCGACCAAGGCGCCUGUUGAACCUGUUAAUGACAGUCAUCUAAAAGGUGUUCCACUCAGGCCAGGUACGUCAAAAGCAGCACCCCGGGUCAAGGUCACUGAACAGAAGAAACUAAAUUGUGAAAUCUGUGGGUGUUCCUAUAUCUGCCUGGAGAAACACUUGGAAUCGGAGAAGCACCAGAAGUUUAUGAAAAAUUCAAACAACUUUAGCGUCGUCAGUGACAUCAUUUCUACUCUGCCCUGCAACUUGCCGAGUCGUGCACCUCAUCCUUUGUCAGAGAUAAAUGGUCAGGACUGGCUGACAGGUGUCCCGUCGACUUCUGACAACGAAGAAAACAUACUCGGUCUCACUGCAGGUCAGCCCUGGUCUUCUCCUCCUCAGGCGCUAUCUGUCAAGAAGGGCCAUCUCGGUGUAGUCAAGCAGUCUGGAUUUUCAGGUACCAUCUCUGCCCUCAGGCAUCUGAAAGUCGUUCGCAAGGAAUCUAGCCCCACUGAUGAAAAUUUGGAAGAGACGUCGAUGACCGGUAGCCCACGUCCAAGGAAAAAGCCCGCAACCUUUUCCAACUUUGAGACGCAGGCCGUCGUAAAGAAAGACAGCCGUACGCUUUUACGUUGUAAUGCCGGGGACAAAAAGAAAAGUGAAAGCGGCUCACGUCUUAUGAAAAGGCCGGCAACAUUUUCCGACUUUGAGACGCAGGCUAUCGUAAAGAAAGACGCCCGUGCAAUUUUGUGCUGCAGUGACAUGGAGAACACUAGAAACGAAUGUGUACCACCCAGCUUCUCAUCCGAACUCAAUGGAACAGCUAACUACCUCUUGGUUGGCCUCAGUGUUAGGGACAGUCAUCUGUCAUCCACACCCGUUAAGAAUGCCGGAGACAUUGUCUGCAACAUGAGUGAAGUUUUCGACAAGGCUUCGGAGGAGUUAUUCAGCGACAGCUCCACGGCGGAGUAUUCAUGGACCGAUGUUGUGAGUGGGGUUGUUCCCGAGCGGACCGCAUCAAGGACACAGUGCGACGAAGCAUCACAUCCCGACAGUAAUGACAGUUUUUUGGAGUUUGUGUCUCGUGCGAUUAAUGAAGAACAGUCGAAAAGUAGCCACACUGCAGAAGAUAAGACAGCCAUAUUGUGUGGUGCAGGUGAUGCUGAAGAUUUGUGUUCGGACAAUGUACAUACCGUUGAGACAGAACCUUUGGCGAUGCGUUUGUAAUGCAUGUAGUGUGAAGGUGUUGUGCAAGUAAUUUAAAAUUGGUUGGGUGCAAUUUGGUUAGAAAUAGAACUUGCACAGAUGUGGUGGGUUGAUGUAAUGAAUUCCUUGUUACCUUUUGAACCUGUGAAGUGUGCACUUGUAGAGCUCCAAAAGGGGCAACCUUUAUUUACUCAAGAGAGAUUGUGUAUAACUUAUUUCUACCUUUCAUAAAGCAUGGAACCAUCUCUGUACAUAUAUUCACUGGCAAUAAAGCAAUGUUUCAUG